UCAAAUAAACGAGUCGCUUUACUUAUGCUUCUCAACCUAAUUUUUUUAAAUAUUCUAUAAUCUAUAUUUAUUUUACCUGUAAAGUACAAAAUCCAGCAUAAAAUGCCUAGAAAUGCUCUAUAGAAUGAUUGCUAGUCUGGAUUUCCUGAUUCGACGGACAAAAGCGGUAUUUAAGAUGUCUUCAAGGAGACGGAUAUUUGUAGUACUGGUGAUGCUUAUCCUACUGAGUAUCCUGUAUGUAUCUCUUAGUCCUUACAAAGAGAAACAAAGAACACAUUCUCUGAAUGCAUUCCAAGACAACAAUCUACAACUAAGACAAAUCAUUUGUCAUGACACUGACACACGAUUAAGUGCCAUGUCACUGCCAUUCAGUGACGAUGAACGCACGGGGAUAACAAAUGAAUUGAAAAGGGAAGACAAGCCCGAUAACUCAGGGGCUGUAAUGUAUCUGGUGAACUACACCAACAUGUUCAGCCAAAACAGUUCGACACCUGAAGCAGAUCCCAACAAUGCCAGCACAGUCCAAACUUGGUGGCAGGCUGCAGCUAUGAUAGACUGGUAUUACAACGGACCAGUGCGAUACACUUGUCAACAUAUCAAGGCUGUUGGCAACUGGCACAUAUGUCAAGACUUCCCUUACACUGUCAGCCCACCUUGUCUCGUGUAUUCUUUCGGAAUAAACUAUGACUUCUCUUUUGACAAUGCCAUGAUUUCACUUGGCUGUGAGGUGCAUUCGUUUGAUCCAAGCAUGAAAUUAGAAACACACAAAAGGGGCAAUAACUCGGCUUUCUAUAAAUGGGGAAUCAGCAAUGUCAACUCUGAUGCUUACCAGCCUCGAAGAGAUAUGUACGUGAAACAUGAACAGACCUGGAAGAUGAGGACACUCAAGUCCAUAAUCCAAGAAUUGGGUCACGAAAAGAGAGUUCUCGAUGUUCUAAAACUGGACGUGGAAGCCUAUGAAUGGGGGAUCGUCGACAACUUGAUUCAAACUGAUGUUUUAAAAUACGUACGGCAGCUGAUGAUUGAGUUUCACCUGUUCCCGAACUUUCCAGCUCGGUCUGAAUACGUCUAUUUAUAUAAGACUUACACUCGACUCAGAGAGAUGGGCUUCAGAGAAUACGCGACCUGGCGAGAGCCCAGGAAUAUCAACGAGAGACGAUUUAUCAACCAGCGAGCAGUUGACUUUGUGAACUAUUUCUUUAAUUAAACCAGAUAAUUGGCCACUUCUAAAACUUGGGUCCAAUCUAUAGACUUUGCGAUAAAACAACUUUAUAACACUUUGGUGCUGGAGUCUGUGUUCGUGUUGGCUGAGGAGAUUCUGAUGCAAACACGUAACCACGAGUAACACUGAUGGUUUGCAAAGUUAUAAAAACGCAAAAUGUGAAAAUUUCUUUUUAAAAAGGGGGCUUACCUAAGGGGAUGAACUCCACAUGUGCAGACAUAUAUCUCAAUAUUGUAAGAUUUAUUUACCUUUUCCCACCUCAAACAAGAUUAAUUAAUUUAUUACUACUUUUUAAUUGAUAUUUUUUUUUGUUAGGUACAUUGAAUAAUUGUGCAAGGUUUUACCAUUACUCGAGAAAGUGGGAGAAAGAAGGUGAGAGUUGAAGUUGAAAGUUGAAGUUGAGAGUUGAAGUUGAGAGUUGAGAGUUGUUGAAGUUGAAAGUUGAAGUUGAGAGUUGAAGAUGAGGGUUGAAGUUGAAAGAAGUUGAGAGUUGUUGAAGUUGAAAGUUAAAGUUGAAGUUGAGAGUUGAAGAUGAGGAUUGAAGUUGAAAGUUGAAGUUGAGAGUUGAAAGUUGAAGUUGAGAGUUAAAUUUGAAUUAACGUGAAAGUUGAAUUUGAGAGUUGAAAGUUGAAGUUGAGAGUUAAAUUUGAAUUAACUUGAAAGUUGAAUUGGAAAGUUGAAAGUUGAAGUUGAGAGUUGAAGUUGAGAGUUAAAUUUGAAUUAAUGUGAAAGUUGAGAGUUGAAAGUUGAGAGUUGAAGUUGAGAGUUGAAGUUGAAAGCUGAGAGUUGAAAGUUGAAGUUGAGAGUUAAAUUUGAAUUUACGUGAAAGUUGAAGUUGACAGUUGGAAGUUGAAGUUGAGAGUUGAAGUUGAGAGUUAAAUAUGAAUUAAUAUGAAAGUUGAAUUUGAGAGUUGAAAGUUAAAGUUGAGAGUUGAAGUUGAGAGUUGAAGUUGAGAGUUAAAUUUGAAUUAACGUGAAAGUUGAAGUUGAAAGUUGAAGUUGAAUUCACGUGAAAGUUGAAGUCCGAGACGGAUAGUCAGAGGUGAAAUGGUUUGUAUUUCGUUUCAAUCGGUGACGUCUUUUGUUUCUACAUACUUUACUGAUCCUGGACUAAUGCUGGGCUUUAUCCAGGAGGUGGGGGUUUGACUACUAACAUUUGAGUUGAGAUCGGGCAAAGUACUUGUAAAUAUAUACAUAUUUACAACAGAUUUUUUUAUUAGAUUGUUAAAAUGCUUGCUAUUUCAGUUUUGAGUGGACUUUAGUUCUAAUAACUCAUUUGUGUAACUUUUAGCACCUAACAUAUAAUGGGGAAGUAAUCAACUUUUGAGGGAUUAUGGCCUAAAUUGUGCCGAUGUGCCAAAAAAAAACAUAAUAUCAUAUCAUAUCAUACUUUAGAAGCUGUCUACAUAUACUGUCAAUAAAAGUUUAAAUUCAUUUCUUGAAAAGAAAUUUGUUCAUCUUUUCUUCAACCUCAGUAUUA